GCGCGCGGGGCGCACGCGCGUUUCCAGAUCGCGAGCCGGAGAGGGAGGGGGGGCGAUGAGCGUCCUGCUCCCCAACAUGGCGGACUUUGACACUAUCUAUGAGCUGGAGGAGGAGGAAGACGAAGAGGAGGAGGAGGAGGAGUCCGAGACUGUGGUGAGGAGUCAGGAGCUGCCGCGGCCCCGGGACGCGCCUGAACCCGUGGCUGUGAGGGGCGCCGGGCAUAUCACUGUGUUUGGCUUGACCAACAAGUUUGACACCGAAUUUCCCUCUGUUCUGACAGGGAAGGUUGCUCCGGAAGAAUUCAAGACAAGUAUCAGUCGUGUAAAUGUGUGUUUAAAAAAGAAUCUCCCUAUCAGUGUGAAAUGGCUUCUUUGUGGCUGUUUGUGCUGCUGCUGCACACUUGGCUGCAGUCUGUGGCCUGCUGUCUGUCUGAACAAAAGAACUAGAAGAUCAAUUCAGAAGUUGUUAGAAUGGGAAAAUAACAGACUAUAUCAUAAGCUUGGUUUGCACUGGAAAUUGAGUAAAAGGAAAUGCGAAACUAGCAAUAUGAUGGAGUAUGUAAUACUAAUAGAAUUCUUACCAAAAUAUCCCAUAUUUCGACCUGACUGAGGAGCAGUAUUACCUUUCAUGUUAUCUGUCAUUUCCUACCUGUAGUGCCUUGUAGGGGAUGUUGGAGAGAAGAUGGUCUACUUUUCUGGGAUUUUUAAACACAAAGGUGUUCUUUAGUAGAGUAGCUUCGUUGCUAUGUUACUUUCUUUUAUUUUAAGAAGAAAACAAUUUGCACAUUUUUAAUGUUAAAUAAUGAGGCUUCUGUGUGUACCCUGAAUUAUUAUUUUAAACUUCUUUAAUGAUGCAGAGUUGUCAAUACAGAUAUAAUAGCCACUAUUGAUAUAGAAUCAGUGCUGCUUGUAGCCUUUUUUUGAGCAUGCUGCCUUAUGAAAUUUGAAAUCCACCUGUUUUCCAAACAUACAUCCUUCUGACGCGGUACAUCAGUUUCACACUACCUUAAAUUCUUGAAAGAAACAACCAAGGUUAGCUUUCAGUAACUAUUAAUACAGUUUUAUAAUCCAGUUGUAUAAGACUUACAAUGAACAACAGCACUGGUUUUGUCCUGCACUUGCAAAGUUGCUAACUUUACAUUGUGGGAGCGGGGUGAGGGUUCAUUUGUGAUACAGACAAUGGGUCUGUAAAUAUUGCCUCAUUGUAUAAUGUUAAGUGUGAUACUACAUGAAGGUUUACAAAAUGUAAUAUAAUUCCUAUUGUUUUACAUUUGUUCUACAUAGAUUUAUUAUGAAUUAUGUCUGUAAGCAUUCUUCUGAUUGUAUGACCCAUUAGUGUGCCAUACUAUGAAGCCAAUAAUGGGUUUGUGCAUACUACCAAAAGUCCCACUCAGGUGCACUUUGUUAGUAAAUGAAUGCGAAAAUGUAUCACAUUUCUAAAGGUGUUAUUGCAACACCUAUAUAUCUCAAAGGAGUCACAAACCCAAUGGGAUUAUUGGUUUGAAUUUCUUCCACAGCAUGCCUCUUAGCUUCCAUUGAAACUGGGGAAACUUUCAAAAGUCCUGAGUAUGGUCUAUCUACUCUAAAAUUGCAAUCCUAACUCCACUUACCAUUGAAACCUCAUUGGAUUCAAUGGGAUUUAUCUCUGAGUAGACAGGGUUAGGAUUGUAAUCUAUGUUAUGCU